AUGAUCCCGCCAAAUCCCUUCGAGGCCGCUCUCCGCCAGGGGGCGCCGCUGGGCCUCGUUUACUUCGCCGAGUACUUCGUCAACCAGGGGCUGAUGGAGCUGCUGUACUUCCCCUCCUCGCCCCUCCCCCACAGCGCCCAGUACCGCACGCUGCAGCUCCUGUACCAGGCCGGCGUCUUCGUGUCGCGCUCGUCGCUGCGCUGGAUCCGCCUGCGGCGCCUCUGGGGGCUGGGGCUGCUCCAGGUGCUGCUGGCCGCGUUCCUAUUGGCCGCCGUGGCUGUCAAUCACCUCCUGCCCGCGCUGGGCGUGGCCGCGGCGCUGGCGCUGGGGGAGGGGCUGGUGGGGGGCGGGGCCUACGGGAACGCCUUCGCCAACCUGAGCGAGCAGGUGCCCCUCCCCCAGCAGCCGCUGGCCGUUGCUGUGGUCACUCUGAUGGCCGAAGUCGCCAUCGCCGCCGCCGGAGGCGUCGCCCUGGGGGCUCACGCUGCCUUCUGCGGCCAGGAGUGACCCCUGAGUGACCCCUGAGUGACCUCUGAGUGACCUUUGAGUGACCACUGACCUCUGAGUGACCUCUGAGUGACCUCUGAGUGACCUUUGAGUGACCACUGACCUCUGAG